GUUGCACCUUCCGUGAUUUUUUUUUUUUAAUCAUCCAGCAAAAAUUUGAAUAUUUCCUAUUUUCAUUUCCGGGUUUUCCCUCCAUUUUGGUGACUUUUUUUGGCGGGGAGAGCAAUUAAUUUUUGGGGAUCUCAUGUGAGGAUUGGAGAAGAGAAUGACCCCUCGGUGGAAACAUUGGAUUUGGCGGCGGGGGUGACCCCAACUCACCCCGACGAUGGGCCAGAGGACAAGUGCACCUCAACGCCCGAAAAUCUCCCUGACGUGGGUCCUGCGGGGCCAACAGCAUUCCUCCAAGAAAUCUGGGAUGUCCAAGACACCCCCGCAGGCUGACAACACCAUAAAAUCAAAUGAUUUUACCAGAAAUGCAAUCGACAAAUUCCAAAUGUCGUUGGAGAAGGAGAGAGUGGCGAAUAGACAGAUGGAGAACUUCCUCGAGUGCUACAGCGAAAACAAAGAGGCAACAAAGGAAAAAGUUAAGAGAGCAAUUUCCGAGCCGAGUUUAGUGCUGAGGGAGUCAACAGCACCGAGUGUCCAUGAGAAACAUCGCCACCGGAGAACCAAAAAAAAUCACAAAGCCCGAAGAAAUGGCAGAUUUGGUUAUGAAAUAAAUGACCUCCAUUCGUUUCUCACCAAGGCGUCGAUAGAGAAACCAGCGAACAUUCCAGUAGUUAUAUCCUUUACAUCGAUGUUGUAUCAGACUCAGGGAGGAAUUCAGGACGAGAUAGCUCUACCCUUGGGAACAGUUGUCAAUGCAGUUUUCAAGAAUGAGAGCUGGUUGUACGUUCAAACACCUCAUGGACAAGAGGGAUAUGUGGGAUAUUCAGCUUGCCUUCCCCUGGGAAUCCUCCAGCCCACAAGAGGUCCUUGUUGGGAAAACACCAAUGACGUCUUCCCCAGGCCAUUGGGAAAUAUGACGGAUACAGAGAAACUCAGGGACAUCAGGUCAGAGUGCGGAGUUCGUACAUCAAGACGUCGAAGAGGAUCGAGAAGUGCAAUUUCAGCUUGUGGAGAGAGAAGUGUCGAUCGUCUGUAUCUGAGAGCAGCUGCCAAUGCUAAGACAGUGGGUUCACGACAGACACUCCUGAUAAUUCAAAACGAUUACUCGUCCCAGAAUAAGGACUCGAUGACGGUGUGCAAGGGUGACGUGGUGGCACUUCUCAGCGAGCACAUGCAGGACUGGUUCUGGGUGAGAUCCAGGGAUGGUAGGGAGGGCUUCAUUCCUGCAGUUGUGGCUGGUCAUGGAUUUUUGUGAGAGGCUGCAACUCAUUGUAAAUAAUUGUACAGAAAAUAAAAUUAUUUAUUGAA